CGUAAUGAACGACCCUCGACCGAAGGCUGGACAAGCGCAGUUUAUUCGUCAUUUCGAGAAGCAUGGACUCUGCCUACUUUCCUCGUAUUCACGUCGAAAGAACUUUAGCACUCAUUAAGCCGGAUGCAAUUCAUAAAAGUGAGGAGAUUGAGGACAUCAUUCUGGGAAAGGGAUUUUCUAUUUUGCAGAAGAGGAAACUGCAGAUGACUCCAGAACACUGCAGUGACUUCUAUGCAGAACAUUAUGGAAAGCUACAUUUUCCCAGUUUAACUGCCUACAUGAGCUCUGGUCCGAUCGUUGCCUUGACUCUGGCCCGAGAAAAUGCAAUAGCCCGGUGGAAAUCAAUCAUUGGACCCACUAAGGUCACAAAAAGUCCAACAAAAUGCCUUCGAGCAAAAUAUGGCACGUCUGAACUGCAGAAUGCUCUCCAUGGCAGUGAGUCAUUUCAUGCUGCUGCCCGAGAGAUCAAAUUCAUGUUCCCCAACACUUUUAUUGAGGCCUUUCCUACAAGAGCAGAAACUGAAGAAUACCUGAGCCGAUAUGUGAAUGAAACAUUGCUACACGGACUCACUGAGCUAUGCAAGCACAAGCCACUGAACCCCUGUGUUUGGCUGGCUGACUGGCUCAUCAAAAACAAUCCAAAUGGGCCUCAAAUAUGUGAUGCAGCUUUUGUAAAAGAAGUAAAAUGACUGCUGGAGAAUGGGUAAUGUAGCGGAAACUUAAGUGUUGAAUUCAUGUACUGUAAAGUGAAUCAAGAUAAGAUAAGAAAACCUUUAUUAGUCUCGCAAUGGAGAAAUUCCCAAUUCACAGCAGCAAAUUAUGAAAGGAAGAAGUAGAACAACAAAAUAUAGGAGCUGCUGGAAAGGCAGCCACUCUCGCGGCGCCAUUUUGAAGUCAAAAUAACACAACACAACACAUAGGACACAGACAGUCGUGCAAUCUUCACCAAUUUUCUGUAUAGACUUUGUUGUCUGAAACAGUUAUAGAUGAAAGAGGAGAGGAUCAAAGUGUCCUUUCACCAGUGGGUCAGAGACGUCAUGCUGAAAAUGUGCACACGUCUGCUACAAGCUAAGUUUUGAAAGCAAACACAAAGCUGUAGCGUCCAUUGACGAAAAUAGAUUAGUUCACUUCUCCUGUACCACGUAAUCCACUUCAAACUCCAAGCCGCGACUCCCAGUUCCAAAUCCGCAUCGGCGCUCCGCCCGCGUUAACGCUCCUUUCUUCUCAUCGUCGGCUCCUCAAGACUUACAU